AUAGAUUUCCGGUUGUCAAUUUAUUUUUACCUGUUUGGUUGUUCGUUCUUAUUGUUUAAAAAUUAUUAUGUAGCCAGAGAAAAAUUUCCCUAGAGCCUGCAAUCAAGUCCCUGCUUACCGACUCCUUGAAUAUCCUGAAAGAUGGCAAAGAAAGGCAAGAAAGGCAAGGCCAAGAAGGGCAAGAGCGUUUUCAAAGCGAGGGCUACAGUAGUGCCUGAAAUACCCCCAGAACCGGUAUUUGCCAAAAAUGUGCCCUACUUCUCUUUCGAUCUGAUUAUAACGCGACUGGAGGUCAAGGGCGUGGCCUUGGCAGAUCCCAGGAAGCUAUUGGUGAAGGUCAACUUUGGGGGCAAGGACCUUAGCCUCACGGCAAGUCGGACCAAUGUGAGCGAGUUCAAACCGAGUGCCAGCAUUGUUUUCCAGGCGGAGCCACCGAUUCUCUCCCAGAAAGUCGAAGAAAAUGGCAUGAACUUUGAGGUGAUAUACGACGACCAAUUGGUUGGCUUGGGCAAGAUGAGUCUGCCCAAGAAAUUAACUGAAAGGAUAAAACUAGACAUGAAAGCGUUCUCCUACACGAGCACAUGUAACCUGGAGAUGGCGGGAAAACCAGUAGGUGGUCUGGAGUUUCUUUGCAAGCUGUUUAUCAGAUGUGGUGAUUAUGCCAGGGAGGGGGAAACUUGCCCCAAUUUGGACAGGAAUAUAAGCCCAAAGGAUAUAGUAUUCGUAGUCGGUAAAUCUCAGGCGAAUACCAGCUGUUGUGAUCCUUGCCGAGAUGUUUUGGCAAUCGAGGCGAGAAAGGAGAAGGACUAUAGUAUUCAAGGAAAUUCUAGUAAAUAAGUGAAAUAAACAUUCAUCAACUGGCAAGGGUAAUUUU